CUUCUUCUUCUUCAAGAAUUGCAGUAUAAAAGCCACCAGAGCUUUUCUGCAACUGCUCCCUUCCAUUCUAAUGGAGGAAUCAACUGAAUCCUCCAUUAAUAGAGAUCUGAAGUUCUCCAUUAAUUCUUCUUCUUCUUCUUCUUUAGAGAGUGGCUGGACUGUAUAUUUUGAAGAGUUUCUUGCUUCUCAGAAGGAAGAGCAGAAAGAGCAAAACACUUCAUCAAUGGUUUCUGAUGCUGCAUCUAACUUUCCAGCAAAAGUUACAGUGAAAUCAGAGCCUUCUGUGAGCUGCAAGACAAUAAGCUUGAAGAAGAGGAAAGCAAAGGGAGUCUCCUUCUUUGAUGGUGAUCCCUUAGAAGAUACUGCAAGCUCACCUGCUAACAGCCCAACUGUUAGUGGCAUGGAUGAUAAACUGGAGGUGAACAAAGGGAAGAAGGAUGAUAUCAGAAGCAUUUCUGAGGUGAAGGAUUGUGAGAAUUGUGCAGAGAUGAAGAGGGAAGUUUUUGAUGAUUUGGGUGUUGCAGAUGGCUCAAGGGAGCUUACAGAGCUGAAGAAGAAGGGGCUCUGCUUGGUUCCUUUGUCAAUGCUUGUAGAUUUUCUCCAACAAUGAUUUCCUCUUUGAUGCAUAUAUAGAAAAAGAUCAAAUUGGUUCUCUAACUUUUUCAGAAGGAUCAUAUAAUCUUUGAAUAUAUAGAAGUAUCGAUUUGAUCCCUUCACUCUUUAAAUAAGGAUUAAAUUAGUCCUUAUGUGAUUCAAGCGAUUAAAACGAGACUUUUAAAUAGUUGGAGAUCAUUUUGAUCUUUGAGAGAAGACCAUUUUGAUCUCUCUUUUUUAUUUUCUUCAUUUUUUUUAUGGUGGUUUGCUUGGAUUGAGAAAGAUCACCAACCUGCAAGUUUAAUUUGGUGAUUUUUCACAUUGUGAAAAUUAUUGAGAGCUUGUGAGUGCAAUCUGUAAGUAACACAAUUUGGAUCAAAACAUAAUGGCAAGUGGGAAUUAUGUCCUUUUGAGGGGAUCCAAAGUA